AUAAUCCUUUUUCAGUAAAUUAUAUUUUUUUGACAAUUAACUAUGAAAUAAAUAAAAAAGUUAUUUUUGGUAACUUUGUUUUUUCGUUUCUAUUUCACAGAGUGAUUUAAGCAAUUUUUUAUUGUACUAUCCAAUACUUCAUGAACUAAAAUUAUUCACAUUUUGGAUUAUACAUUAUGGAUAUAAAAGAUCUUCAAUUCUAAUGGCUUUAUUGAAUAUGUCAUGCUGUCUUUACAUUGUUGUAUUAUAAUACUCACACUACAGACAAAAUUGUUUAUAUUAUUCUCAUUUAUGUUAUGCGUUAAAACGAAUUUUAUUAAUUAUGGAAUACAUUUAUUACAUGCCGAAUCUUUUGGUUCAUCAUCAUCAUCAUCAUCAUCUUCGUCACUAUCAUCAAUAUCACUGUUACGUACGGACAGGUCAAAAUUAAAUGUAUAUACUGUAGAUUUUAUGCUUCCAGACGAAUUACCUCAAGGUCAUUUUAUUGGUAACAUUCCAAAAAAUAUUCCGAAUUUUCCAUUUUAUAAUAUACUCAAUUCCUCAGUUAGUACUACAUUAGUUGAUUCCAGUGGAUUUUUAUUACAAUUAUUUCGUGUAACAGAUAACGGUGAUUUUUAUACACAAACUUUAAUUGAUCGCGAUAGUCAGGAUCAUUUAUGUGGGCCAUUAAAUUGUUGUCAUUUAAUUGUUUGUAAUUUAACAGUAGAUGUUUUAUUUUUUCAUCCAAUCACUGAAUCAAUUACAGUGCAUGUAAAUUUGCAAAUACAUGAUGCUAAUGACAAUUCACCUCAUUUUACACAACAGACAUUUUCAUUAUGGAUACCAGAGGAUAAUCGACUUAAAUAUACUGAUUUAGAUAUUCAAAACAUGCAUAAAAUAAUAUAUGGAUUACCAUUAGCUACGGAUAUUGAUUCUGCACCAAAUGGUGUUGUACAAUAUCGUAUACAUGGUAGUUUACCUGUCAUAUCAACAUUCCAAAUUUAUAGUAAUUUAAGUAUUGAGAAAUUAGGUCUUUUAAUUAAACCAGGUGUUUUUCUUGAUUAUGAUAAUGUAAAUCAACGAAUAUUCAAAUUAACCAUUGAAGCAGUUGAUGGUGGUCAUCCAGCUAGAACUGGUCGAAUGCUUGUACUUGUACAUAUUACAGAUGUAAAUGAUAAUAUACCUGUAUUUAAAAAAUCUAGAGAUUCUAUAACUUUACUAGAAAACACUAUGUUUGAUGAACCAAUUUACACGGUACAGGCUACUGAUAUAGAUUCAGAUGAUAAUGGUCUUAUAAAGUACACCUUAUCAUUGACAAACCCAAAUACUCUUUCAUCUGUUAUGGAAAAAUUUACAUUUCAUUCCACCACUGGUGAAUUAUAUUUACGUAAUGUUUUAGAUUAUGAGACAUUUCAAGAAAAACAAAUAGACUUAUUAUUCAUUGCUUGUGAUACCGGUGAUCCACCGCUUUCAUCAACAGCCCAGUUAACAAUUUAUUUACAGGAUAUCAAUGAUAAUCCACCACAAUUAAUUAUACAGUUGAAUAACACAAUUAAGGAGAACAGUGAACCUGGUCAACUUGCUCUACGUCUUAUGAUCCGUGAUAAAGAUGAAGUAUCACGUGACAUGGUCACAUGUCAUUCGGAUCAUUCAAAUCUGCACGUUCCAUUAAAAAUGUCUAUAUCUGAUGAUAAACAAUGA